UUGGGUGAGCUUUACAAGGAAGCUUUUCCGAGCUCAAGCCUCCCAGGACAUCCGCGGUUCGAAAGCUUUCCUCGGACAGACAGACAGACACGCUCCGAAGCACACGUCACGAUGUUGGUGCUGUGUUUAUGUUUUGCCCUCUUGGCAUCGACCUCCGCCGUCCCUACUUCCCGCAACAGAGGUCCGGCUGUGUCAGUGGGGAGACAGCUCGCCGGCGCCCCAGCAGCAGGUCAAAAUACGGCGGUUCCAGGCUCAGCCGCAACGCCUUUCCAACAGCAGACGCCACAAUUCUCCCCACAGGCGUCUCCACAGCCACAAUCCGUGGAGCUUAACAUUCCAGGACCCCAACAGUACCAGCCUGCGGUUUCCAACUUCCCAGCGAAUCCCCAGCUCGCAGUGGUGGAGUACGAGGCUCCCUCCAACAGCCUGGAACCCCUGCCGGCCAGCCAGCUCUUUAGGCACUCCCCGGCCAACGCUCAGCUUCUCAGCGUCAAGCCUGCCUUGACAGGGAUCAUAAGUCGACUUCCAGACAAUGCCACCCUCCUCAGACCCAACAUCAAGGAUACGUUCUCGUGCACUGGAAAGACAUACGGCUACUACGCUGAUCCAGACAACGAUUGUCAAAUCUUCCACGUCUGCUUGCCUCUCCACUCGCUUUACCCAACCCUUUUCAAGACUCAAACUACAUACCAUUUUUCGUUCAUCUGCGGAAACCAGACCAGCUUUGACCAGGCGAGUAUGGCCUGCGUUCACAAGGACAGCUUCACCUGCGACAACCCGGAGAUGUACUACUACCUCAACUACAACUUCUUCAGGAAGGUCAAGACGCCCGAGGGCGAUGAAAGGUGGGCGUGGGUCAACGAAGAUGUGCCCAAAGGCUUUGCGCCUGAAAAGCCAGGCUCCGCGUCUGUGAAGCCAGGCUCCGCGUCUGUCUCCGUCUCUGUGCCUGUUCCCGUGCCCACCGGGAGGAAAUAGAAGGCCAAGGUGUCAUCGGGUUUCCUUCUUAUGCAACCCGGACCAUCUGUUGCAAGGGAAGCGCUUUGAGAGCUGUCUUCCCUGGCCGAUUCUUGUUACUGGAACUUUCUUUGGCUAUUUUUUCCUUGUUUUCGGGAAGAGUUGACAAGGUGUUGUGACUCUGGUGACGGCCAUUAUCUCCUCUUAUUCACUUCGUCCUUCCGUUUCGGUUGUCCUUUCUCCUUUUCGUUUCUCGUAGUUCUUUCUAGCAAUGUGUUCACAUUGCAAUAGCAUGAACUGACUCGUACUGCAUGCGCUAAACUGCAGCGCUUGGAGGAAGCGCGUCCUUGCCUCCAAGUCGAGAUCAUCUGAUGACGUGUGCACGGUGCAAGAUGUGUGCAGUGUACGUCGUCUUACAGCGAUGUUCGUGUUAUAUAUUUUGUUGCACACUUGUCAUUUUGAUACUUUUGUAAAUGCUUUGUUGCGGUUUGGGAUUUUUUCUUUUGUUUUUAUUUGUUAUACUUUUUCCUCCAUCUCUGAUUUUUUUCUCUUAUUGUUGAUUCAAAUGUUUAGUCAUCACACGGGAAGUGACAAGACUAAUGCCAUGAAACUUUAGUUGUUCACCAAACAUCAUUGUUUUUGACAAAUAAAAGAAAGGACGAUU